CUCUGUCUCACCCUCACACACUCGCCGGUCCUCUUGCAAGUCUUCACGGGAUCUCUGGAUCCCUUUCGACGGUGACAGGCUCCCCACACCAAGCAGUCACCAUUUCCGCCCCCGGGAGACCCACGCUGGCAGCGCAGCCCCUUCCCCGACUCAGCAUCGGGAGGAAGACCCUGGUGGCGGCUGCCGUAGGGGUUAUGCUGGUCCUGGUGCUGGUGGUCCUCAUCCCCGUGCUCGUCAGCUCUGUGGGUACAGAUGCCAGCCACUAUGAGAUGCUGGGCACUUGUCGUAUGGUGUGCGACCCCUACCUAAACAAGGGCACUCCAGCCAGCAGCACCAGCUCCACCGGUCUCCAGGCUGAGGCAGAGGCGUUAAGCGACCACAGCAACGUGCUUCCACCCUCCACCUUACUGCAGGGCCCACAGGGGAAGCCUGGCAGGCCAGGCAAGCCCGGACCACCCGGACCACCAGGAGAACCGGGGCCACCAGGACCCGUGGGGCCUCCUGGUGACAGAGGCGAUCAGGGAAGGACUGGGAUUUUGGGUCUGGGGGGGAACGGAGCUAUCAGCACGGCCACCUACAGCACGGUGCCUCGGGUGGCCUUCUAUGCAGGGCUUAAGAACCCCCAUGAAGGCUAUGAGAUCCUCAAGUUUGACGACGUGGUCACCAACCUAGGCAACAACUAUGAUGGCAUUUCUGGCAAGUUCAUCUGCAGCAUACCGGGCACAUACUUCUUCAUCUACCAUGUGCUGAUGAGAGGAGGGGAUGGCACCAGCAUGUGGGCUGACCUCUGCAAGAAUGGCCAGGUUCGUGCCAGUGCCAUCGCCCAAGACGCUGACCAGAACUAUGACUACGCCUCCAACAGCGUCAUCCUCCAUCUGGACGCAGGGGACGAGGUUUACAUCAAACUAGAUGGAGGCAAAGCCCAUGGAGGAAACAACAACAAGUACAGCACCUUCUCUGGCUUCAUCCUCUACGCAGACUGAGAAAAGACAGACACAGAGACAGUCAGACAGGAAGAGACUGAGAGAUUGAGAGAAAGAGUCGGGGGGUUAAAGGUGUGCGAGUGUGUGUGUGUGUGUGUGUGUGUGUGUGUGUGUGUAUGAGUGUUAAAAGCCGGAAUGCUUUCUAGUUUUCCUAAUUCUCUCCAUCAUCACGGACACCUCUGCUUCGUAUCCAUCAGCCAAGACAUCCAGGCUCUGUAGCCGAGCCUGGAUGCAAAGCUCCUGAGGACACACUGAGAGGGGCUUGGCGGGAGGCGUGGGAGGAGUGGAACGCAGGGUGGAGGUGGGCUGGUUUUUCCACACUCCUCACCACAAUGCCGACGUGUCAGAAGCUCCUCGCUUUCAGUGUCUCUCCUCUUCAGCCCUGCUCCAUUGCACAGAAAUAUCAACAACAAAAAUGAAAAACCCUGCAAAAGUGGAUGAUUUCACCUCUUCUCUCCACAGUGGCAACAGUCGGCUGUGCUGUCAGUGGACUCGAUUGACUGAAACUCGUAGUGUUGUU